GCUUUAUAGUUCACUUCAUCGGGGCGCGGAGCUCAAGUCAGCACGCCAGCCUGUCGCGGACACCAGGGGAAACAGACACUGCCCGAAAUGGAGGACAAGAGGACCAGCGACGCGGGGGACGCCGGCAGGACUGGCGUCAAGGACCGCAAGGGCAGCGUGUUCGAGAAGAGCAUCGACCUGGACUACGUGCUAGUGAACGAGAUCGGCCAGUUCGGGAAGUACCAGAUGGUGAACCUGCUGCUCGUGGCCAUCCCGCUCGCCAUGUCCGCCUUUAUGAGCGAGUACAUCUUCUCCGCCGCCGCUAUACCGCACAGAUGUCAGAUCCCGGAGUGUGGAGAAUACACAAAAGAUCAUUUGAUAGACCCGUCGUGGUUACUCAACGCGGUGCCGGCGGCCGACAACGCGAACGGCUUCGACAGCUGCUCGCGGUUCACGAACACCGGCGUCAACGGCUCGCUGCAGUCGUGCCCCAGCAAUCUGUUCACACCCCAACUGCAGGACUGCGACGGCUUCGUAUAUGCAAGGGACAACUCCGUCGUGUAUGACUUUGAUCUCGGGUGUCAAGACUGGCUCCGUGCCCUGGCCGGAACAUUGAGCAGCGUGGGAACCCUACUUGUGCUACCCAUAGCAGGUUUCGUGUCUGACAAUUACGGGAGACGAGUGGCGCUGGUCAUCAGUGUCGUGAACCUGGCCAUCUUUGGUAUCAUCCGAGCCUUCUCCGUCAACUACCCCAUGUAUCUGACCCUACAGUUGCUGCAGACCACAUUGGGCGCCGGGACUUUCAGUUCUUCUUAUAUUUUCGCUACUGAGUUCGUGGGCCCAAAGUACCGAGUAUUGACAAGCGCUACCUGCUCUUCCAUGUUUGCCGUCGGCCAGGUGAUCCUCGGAGGAGUGGCGUGGUUGAUCCAGCCCUGGAGAUACAUGAUCUUGGCUCUACACAUCCCUUGUUUCCUCAUCAUUGCCUAUUACUGGAUUUUAAAUGAAAGCGUGAGGUGGCUUCUGUCUCAACAAAAAUUUGACGAGGCAAAGAUAGUACUGGAGAAGGUGGCCAAACGUAACGGCACUCAGAUUAGUGAAAAGUCAAUGAAUGCUUUGUUGACUCCUCCGCCGAAGGUUGAAAGGGAGGAAGGCGCACCCGAGCCUCCCGGUGUGUUCGCCGCCAUCUUUAAGUCUCCAGUACUGCUGCGUCGUGUCUGCACCACGCCCAUCUGGUGGAUCACCACCACCUUCGUGUACUACGGGCUGUCCAUCAACGCCACCAGCCUGUCGGACACCAUGUACCUGAACUACAUCCUCACCUGCCUUAUCGAGAUCCCCGGCUUCUACACGGCCGUGCUCAUCCUCGACAGGAUCGGCAGGAAGGCCACGCUCUCCAGCGGGUUCCUCUUCAGCGCUGCCUGCAACAUCGCCUUCGCAUUCAUUCCUGACGACUACGCCACCCUGCGGCUGGUGAUCUACCUGCUGGGCAAGUUCGGCAUCUCGGUGGUGUUCACGUCGCUGUACCUGUACACCUCGGAGCUGUACCCUACGCAGUACCGCCACAGCCUGCUCGCCUUCUCCUCUAUGAUCGGGCGCAUCGGUUCCAUCACUGCUCCCCUCACUCCAGUACUUAUGGACUACUGGCAAGGCAUCCCGUCCGUGAUGUUCGGCGCAAUGGGCAUCCUGUCUGGUAUCCUGGUGCUCACGCAGCCCGAGACCCUCGGCUGCAAGAUGCCUGACACCCUCGAGGACGCAGAGGCCAUCGGCAAACCAGAAUCCAAGCUCAACACAAAUUAAACCAUAUACUCUUGAAAAUAAUGACUACUUUACACUCGCUUGCGACCUUAAAAAUAUUAAUAAGGUCGCUUUAGGAUAACAGAAAAGAUAAAGCUAUUUGUAAAUUGAUUAUUUAUUUAAAAUCUAUAAAGUACAAAUAGUGAUGUAAUUGAGUAGUACCUAUCCUAAUUUCCAUACAAUCAUGUCGAUUGGUUUAAUGUGCUCUAGAAGGAGUUUCAUUCACAAAGCGGUUGACUGCUACGUAGAGUUGGUUCUUAGUAUUUCUUACUCGUGUGUAUAAAUAGAUAGUAGAGAGAGAAUACUCACUGAGCUACGUCCAUAUUUUGGGAAUCCCUAAUUACUAGCCAUAAAAUAAAUGCUAGUUGAAUAGUGAAAUCAACAGAUUUUGUGGAAAUUGCGAUAAUAAUUAUCGUAAUAUCGAAUUGAAUCGAUUAUAAUCGGCUUAAGUUGAAUAAUACAUCAGCGAGGUUAGGUGCUAUCUAUAUGUGUGUCCUGUGUUAUUAUUACUGCUCUCUUAGUUACGUAAUGUACUCAUUAAUACCUAGUGGUAGGAUCGUCACGAUUGUUUGUUUAUAAUAAAAGACUCUAUUGUA